AUGGACUUUUUAAAUUCAUUACCACCAUUGGAUAAUAAUAAUAUCAAUGAUUCAUUUAACCCAUUAGACAACAACAAUAAUAACAACAAUAACAAUAAUACAAAAAAGAAAAUUCAUAGACUAUCACCCGAAGUUGUAAAUAAAAUAUCGGCUGGUGAAGUUAUUCAAAGACCAAGCAAUGCACUAAAAGAACUAUUAGAAAAUAGUUUAGAUGCCAAGUCAACCAAUAUAAUUAUUACUGUUAAGGAUGGAGGCAUGAAAUUAUUACAAAUUCAAGAUAAUGGCACAGGUAUUCGUUUAGACGAUAUGGAAAUUGUGUGUGAACGUUUUACAACAAGCAAGCUAACAAAAUUUGAGGAUCUUAGAAAAAUAGCAUCAUUUGGUUUUAGAGGCGAAGCUUUAUCAAGUAUUAGUCAUGUAUCUCACUUAAAAAUACAAACUAAAACUGCCGAUUCAAACUGUGCAUAUCGUGCCUGUUAUUUUAAUGGUAAAUUAUCACCCUCAAAUCCCAAUGACCCAUCAUCAUGUGACCCAAAACCAUGUGCUGGUGUAAAUGGUACCCAAAUAACUGUAGAGGAUUUAUUUUUUAACACACCAUCAAGAAAAAGUGUUUUAAAAAACUUUAGUGAAGAGCAUUCCAGAAUUUCUCAACUCAUCAAAAAGUAUGCAAUAAAUAACCCAAAAGUUGGAUUUACCUUAAAAAAACUAGGCGAACCCACACCCGAAGUUAUUACCAGUGGAAAUUUAACUGAACAAGAUGUCAUUUCGUCAUUAUUUGGUAAUGAUCUAGCAAAAGAUUUAAAAGAAAUCACCUUAAAGUCUGAUAAGUUCGAAUUCGACGUUAAAGCUUUAAUUACAAAUACAAAUUACAAUUCAAAGAAAACAAAUUUUAUUUUAUUUGUUAAUGGUCGUUUAGUUGAUUCUAAAAAUUUAAAAGUUGGUUUAGAACAAAUUUAUAGCAAAUAUUUACCUAAAGGAACACAUCCAUUUAUGUUUUUAAGACUAUUAGUUGCCCCAAAAAACAUAGAUGUUAAUAUUCAUCCAACAAAAAGUGAAGUUAAAAUCUUGCACGAAGAUCAAAUAAUUGAAAUUAUUCAACAAAAAAUUGACGAAGAAUUGAGUGUUUCAUCCAACUCCAAAACCUUUUCAACUCAAGUACUCUUACCUGGAUUUGAUAAUGACCAACAGACAUCAUCCCAAAAGAAACAAAAAACUUCAGCAACAGCAUCACAAACUAAAUCAUCUUCGUCAUCAUCAUUAAAAGAUAAUAAAGUUAGAUCGGACUCAAGAACCCAAACCCUGCAUGCCUUCCUAAAUCCUUUAGAUUUUAACGAUGCCGAUGCUGAUGAAAGUAAUGACAAUAGUAGGAGCAGUGUAAAUAAUAAAAGCAAAGGUGAAAAUGAAAGUGGUGAUUUUAGAGAUAAUGAAGGCAAUGAUGAUACCACAACAAAAAACAACACAAUAAAUAGUCCAACUGACCAAGAUAAUGUAAAUACUAAAAAACGAAAAUCAUCAUCAUUAAAAUCUACAGAUAAUCAAGAAUUAAAGAAUCAAGUAUCCAAAAUGUCAGGGCAUACAUUUGUUCAAACUAGAAAAACUAGAAAAUAUAAACAAGUAGAACUAACCAGUAUUAGAUCAUUAAUUUCACAGACCCAGGACGAUAGCCACGAAGGUUUACAAGAAUUUUUCAACAACUGUGUUUUUGUUGGUUGUUUGGACCAUGCCUAUGCACUUGCACAAUUUGGAAAAAAGCUUUAUCUUUUAAAUGUUGAAACCAUCACCAAAGAACUAUUUUAUCAACUAUCUCUUUCAAGAUUCUCUGAUUUUGACUCGAUUAGGUUCAGCCAACCACUUUCUGUAUAUACACUAUUAUUAGUAUCAUUAGAUUCACCAGCAUCAGGAUGGAUGGAAUCAGAUGGUCCAAAGGAUAAAAUUGCUGAUCAUCUAACAAAUUUAAUUAUUUCCAAAAAAGAUUUACUCAAAGAAUACUUUUCAAUCGAAAUCGAUGAUCAAGGUAUGCUUACUUCAAUACCUCAAGUGUUGGACCACUAUGUACCAUGUACCGAUAAUUUGCCAAUAUUCCUAUUAAAACUAUCAACCGAAGUAGAAUGGGAAUUUGAAAAAGAAUGUCUCUUGGGUAUAGUUAAAGAAAUAUCAUCGUUUUAUAAAAUUGAACCCUCAUUUAUCAAACUUCGUGAUUUACAAAAUUUACAACAACAACAGCAACAGCAACAACAAGACAAACCAAACCAAACCAAUGUAAAUUAUAUUAAAAAAGAUGGCAAAGAAUGGACCAUUCAACAUUUAAUUUUUCCAGCAUUCAGAAAACUUUUACCGCCAAAAAGAUUUGCCAAUGAUGGCUCAGUAAUUCAAAUAACAUCUUUGGAUAAUCUAUACAAAGUUUUUGAAAGAUGCUAAAUAAAAUUUAAUCACACUUAAAUUAAUUUUAAUUUAUUAAAAUAUUAAUUAAUUUGUUUUUUUACACAU